CUACAGAACUAUCCCCCCAGGACUCAGCUCUGCACCCCCAGAGCCUGCACAUCCUGCACCCAUGCCUCGCUCCUUCCUAGUAGAUUCCCUUAUCCUAAGGGAAUCCAAUGAGAAGAAGGAUGAAAACAGCCCACCUCUGUUCCCCUAUGCAAUGCACCCCUCUCACCCCCUGCAUGGACUGUCUGCUGGCUCCUGCCACUCUCGGAAAUCAGGACUGCUGUGCGUAUGCCCAAUGUGUAUGGCAACCUCCCAGCUCCAUGCCCCUCCACCGGGCAUCCCACUGCUCAAGGCAUCGUUCUCCUCCUUCAGCUCGCAGUAUUGCCCAUCAGCCAUUGGCAGGCAACAUUCGGGAUCUUCACCCCUCAACCUGAGCCAUGGUCCAGCCAUAUACCAGGCGGCAUACCCCAUGCCAGAUCCCAGACAGUUCCACUGCAUCUCUGUCGACACAUCUUCCAGCCAGUUGCCCAGCAGUAAGAGGAUGCGCACAGCUUUCACCAGCACCCAGCUCCUAGAACUGGAGAGAGAAUUCGCCUCCAACAUGUACCUAUCCCGACUCAGGCGUAUAGAAAUCGCCACCUACCUGAACCUAUCCGAGAAACAGGUGAAGAUCUGGUUCCAGAACAGAAGGGUCAAGCACAAGAAGGAAGGGAAGGGCAGCUCCCACCGGGGCAGUCCUCACAACUGCAAAUGUUCAUCUUUUCCAUCCGCAAAGUGCAUGGAGGAUGAGGAGGAUGAUGACUCUCUCUUGUCCCCUUCUUCUUCAGAAAAGGAGGACAGAGACCUUUCUCCGAGCCCAUGAUCCCACCAUCCAAGCAUAGACUUUCCCCACCAUCCAAGCAUAGACUUUCCUUAAGCUUUGUAUAUACUGUACAGAAUUCCUGCUGCGAACUCACCCAGCUUGAUCGUCCUUGUAUGUAGGUAUCGGGCAGUGAUUCUCUAUUCGUCCAGGUUCCUGACUUCUAAGGUUGCAGAUAUCUUGUAUGUGUUCUGACCUGCGAAUAAUUCCCAACCACACAUUGCGCCAAAAUCUCUGUAAAUAGCUCUGAAACCUGUCUGUCUUUGUAAAAACAUGUCGCACUGUAUUGUUCCUGUAUAUUAUAUAUAUUUAUUUAUUUAUGUAUAAGAAAUAAAAAUCGUUUUUUUCAA